GUCAAAAAUAAGAUUAACAAUCUUAUAGCUAAACAAGAAUUGCCGGCCACUGCUAAAAAUCUCAUCAUUACUACUCCUAGAACUUCGUGUAUUUACUUUUUACCUAAAAUCCACAAACCUAACAACCCAGGUCGACCCAUCGUUUCUGCCUGCAGUUGUCCCACUGAACUUAUUUCCAGCUAUUUAGACAAAGUUAUGGCACCUAUCGUCAAAACUCUACCGUCUUACAUUAAGGACAGCCAACACGCACUUGAAAUUUUUCGUGACUUUAGUUUCCUCGACCAAAACAAACUUAUUUUCACCAUGGAAAUAACAUCUCUUUACACUGUCAUUCCCAAUGACGAAGGUCUCCGGGCCCUCAAACAUUUUUUCGAUCAACGCACUGUUAAGGAUCUAGCUCUGAAACACUACUCCGUCUGGCCGAACUAGUACUCACACUCAAUUGCUUUUCAUUCGGUGGUAACUACUACAAACAAACUAAUGGCGUGGCCAUGGGUACU